AUGAAUCUAGAGGAUGCCGGUGCCCAUCGGAAGUUGAAUUUGCAAGAAUUGGAGGAGAUCCGAAACGAAGCAUACGAGAAUGCACUAAUUUAUAAGGAGAGGAGUAGGGCGUUCCAUGACCAACAAAUCUCCAAGAAGACCUUUGUAGUUGGUCAGGAAGUUCUACUAUACCAAUCCCGGCUUAAGCUCUUCCCAGUAGAAAUCCAGAGCGCUAAGACAAACAAUAAGUUUGUGGUGAAUGGACACCGUCUCAAACAUUAUUACGAGGGUUUUCCAAGUGGAGAAGUGGAGACGAUACGUCUAGAUGUACUGACUUGUCCCAAUUAA